AUGACGAGUUCAACAAAGCGAUUCGAGCUCUUUGCAACAAUGCUGGAAGACCAAGAAUUCAUUCGAACGUUCUUGAAAAAGUCACACAGCCUCCUGCUUCGGAAUCGACUCUUAGCAGAAGAGCUCCUCAAACAAGCCGGGAUCAGCUUUUAUGAUAAAGGAAAUGCAGGAUUCUUCAUAUGGAUCGAUUUGAGUCCGCAUCUUCGCAGUGAAGAUACUCAACGAGAUGCAUGGGCUGCGGAAAGACUUCUCUCGGCUCGCUUCGCACAGGCUGGUGUCAUCAUGUCUACUGGUGAACAGUAUCGUGCACUAGAACCUGGGAAAUUUCGGAUUAUAUUUUCCGUGGGGGAAGAGACCCUGCGGGAGGGGAUUCGAAGGUUCGUUCAAUGCGCCCAGAUGUGA